CUGCGUCGAUCGUAUAAUGUAUGUAAUCGUCUAAGUUUAAAGUGCGUCGAAGUGCGAUGACGUUGGGAGACGUAUUAGAUUCUAUGAAACACUAUCUCUCAUUCAGUCGACGGACGGAAAACAAUGAUGUUAUUUGCGCAGUACAGAAAUUUCGAGGAAAAGAUAUUGCAAAAUGUCAAACAAAACGGCAUACAACACCGGUCAAACGCGAGCAGUGGAUUAUGGCUAGGUACUCUGGUUGGUCUGAGCGCAGCGGUUACAAUACUGAGGGAACAGAACAGCUAUUCUGAAAUAUGUCUGUUGGUGGGAACCACGGGGUUUGGUCUUGUUCUUUGUUCUUUGUGCCUUUACGUACGACUUUCGAUGCAGGAAGUCACGGCAAAAGACUUUCACGCUAUAUAUUUUCUGCCCGCGAUUGUAACGUCCAUGCUGUUUUUACUCGCAGCUAACAAAGGAUUGUUAACGAGUGUCACAUGGGGCCUAACCGUGGCGAGUUUGGGCACAUGGGGCGUCCUGCAACUAAUGUCAGCUCUUCCGAACUGCUUUACAAUGGGUGAAGCAACAGCGGUCACGCAUAGUUUUAUCCUGUUUUUGAUGUCGGCUGUUACCAACUUACCUCUGCGAUAUCAUUUACCUCCGAUACACGUAAAUGACAUCAGCACGGUGUUCCUACAGGUUGGAAUAUUGUAUGUAAUAUGGGUGUGCGUUCUGUGUAGAUAUUUUCCCAUCCUACGUAGCACGAGAUAUUUUUAUUUUAUGACCAUCAGCCUCCUGUGUUUCAUAACUCUUCCGAUACUUUACGUUAUUCUUGACCAAAACCCAAUAAUAUGGAUGCUCUCUUUUGUUUUUAAUACACGCAAGAGGAUCGUCGUAGUUAUUUACUGGGCGAUAUGUCUUUUAUCAAGCGUUUUCAUAUUAGCGUAUCAAAUAUUAGCAAACUUCCAAGCUACAAGCUCGAUCAGAAAGAUUUUUCAUGUGCUAGCCACAUUUGUCUACGUACCUGGUGUGAUAUACGAUCCUUCGCUGUUGUACCUUGCCAGUGGUUUGAUACUGGCGCUGUUCAUCGCUAUUGAGAUACUGAGAGUCUUGAAAAUUCCGCCGCUCGGAGAAGUGUUGCAGCAAGGAUUUACGGUAUUUGCCGACGAGAAAGAUUCGUUGCUCUCGUUAACACCCUUGUACUUGAUGUGCGGUCUUUCGUUUCCUCUUUGGAUGCCGACUAGUAACUUGCCACUACUGGUAUUGCUCAGUGGCGUGUUAACGGUAGGAAUCGGCGAUACCGCCGCAAGCUUUGUUGGUGGCAAAUGGGGUUCGCACAAGUGGCACGACACGGAGAAAACUGUCGAAGGCACCGUCGCAUGCAUACUUUGUCAAAUUUGCAUAAUACUCGGUCUAACAUUUAGCGGUUUUGUGAACGAUUACUGGUCGUUGCUGAGAAGCAUUCUGGCGGUUGUGGCGAUCUCGGUGAUCGAAGGACGCACAAAUCAAGUGGACAAUCUAGCCCUGCCGUUGUUAAUGUACGUGUGUCAAAUGAUCUGAACGAACGUCUGAUAUUGUUCGUUCUAAUUCCAAGCUGGUGACUGUGUCAUUUCGAUUCGUAAUUGAUUGUUUAAUUACUUAAUGUAUAUAAUAGAGAUAAGACUACAUAGGUGAGUAACUUAUAUGCAUAACUCCUAACGCUUUUACGUUACGUACACGUGUUGCGUAGAAAACACUUCGAUUAACACAUCAUUACACGCCGUUGUUUAUUUGAAAGCUGGGCACACAUUUAAUUAGUCGCAAUUGAAAACUGCCAAUAAUUCAUUAAAUCAUUUUUUUCCUGAAAGAAAGAGAAAACGUUAUUGAUUCGCAGAACUGAGAUUGCAAAGCAACGUAUAUGUGCAUUGGCAUUUAUUUUUUUUUUUUUUUUCAAAUAAAAAGACAAAAGAAAUUUUUAUAUAUUCGUCGCAUUUGUAAACGCGAUUGUUUGUAUAUGUACGCCAUACGGGGCGGUGAUAAUGUACAAAUAUUUAUAUUUAUAAAAACAUAGCACGUUAUAUAUUUAUAUAUAUAUAUAUAUUCAGAUCUGUAUAUAUAAAUGUAACAUAUGAAUUGUAUGUAUCUGUCCGAAAACGUGUGAAACAUGUUAAUAUAAUUAAUAUAUAUAUAUAUGUAGACGCGAAACGCGAGCAUUGUGAAUCGUCACGAAGAUCGUUGGAGUUACGAACGAAUAUUACAUAUCGCAUUUUGAGCUUCGCUAACUUACAAUUUUGCAGCGUUUUUUGCAAAAUUAAUAACAAACGGUGUGCCUGAAUGUAAUUCAAUCAUUCCCGAUGGAGCAUUUUUUUUUUUCUACGUGUAUAAGCUUCUUCGAAAGAAUCACUUUUGAGACGAUUUUUCGAUAACAAACAAAAUAAAGAGAGCAGAGUUUUGUAAUUAUUUUAAUAACUCAUCACACAUUGUUUUUUCCAUCGUUUUACAGCGUUGUGUCAUCAUAAGAGAAAUAAUUUUAUAUAAUCGGUAUACAUAUGAUGUUACAAUAAAAAGUUUCUACUUGGGUGAUAAAGUCGAUGUUGAGAGUUCACUCUGAUGUGUUUUGGAGCAAUCACAUACGUACAUACACAUAUGUUAUAUACAGACAUAUAUGUAUAGUACAUAUGUAAAGAUGUUUACUUUAAUAUUUUGUUUUUUUUUUAUUGACCACACACAGCCCUAAAAUCUGCUUAACAAACAGUACUUUCUAUACGCCACAUCCUUUAGUCUAUAAAAUACUUAUGGAAUGCUUAAAAACGACAAUUUUUUUGUUUAAUCCAACGCGAAAUCAAAACUUUUACAUUUUUUUUAACAUAGAUGCGUGUUACCCCAUAAAUGUACACAUACACGCGCACAUUCGCACGCACGCACGCACGCACGCACAUACACACACGCACGCACACACGCGAUUAUUAUAUGAAAUCGAUCAACUGAUUAAUAUUAUUUAAAAUCAUUUUUUCAAAACCUAAUGAAGCUUUGUGUUAUCCCCACUUAGUUACUUGGUCAUAUCAAAAGAUUCCUCGCGUAUUCCACGCCUAUGAGAUUACAAAUUUUCUCGAUGAAAUUAAUUUUUAUUUAUAUAAUUCUAUGUGUAUAUAUAUAUAUGUAUAAUAUAGAAUCUCUUUGCGAAGCGAGCUAGCAAAGUAAACAUUUAUUCGCAUGACUUCUGUUCGCAAUCGCGGAACUAUAUUUAAGUAUAUCGCGCGUAGUCAGAGACUUUAAAAACAAAUUUAGGAUGGUUUUGUUACAAUAUACAAUUGUAUUCUCUUGUAAAAAAAAAAAAAAA